AGGAAUUCCUGGCGCAAGCUAGCAUAGCUCAGUCACUUUGACAGCUACAUUAGCAUAAUGUCAAGAGACCUAUCGCUAGAAAUAAUUUUACCAGAUUUGAAUAGAAACACGACGUAGAGUUGGUGUCAGUUGCGGAAAUACGCUUGGUCUGCGACAAUCAAACCAGAGCUAGCUAGGUGAAUUAACUAGCGUUAGCCUGAUUAACGCUAGCUAGCUACGUCAAGAGAGCUACAGAGAAAAGCGGCAUGGUGCAGCCCCAGGCAGACAUAGCCCUGCAGUGGGAGAUGGCAGGGGACGAGGGUGGCGUGCAGCCCCAGGCAGACAUAGCCCUGCAGUGGGAGAUGGCAGGGGACGAGGGUGGCGUGGCUCUUCAGGUUCCUGCUGAGCUGGCAGCCAAUGAGGUGGUGACUAGACUACUGGGAGACAACCAGCAGCUCCGAGAGGCGUUGCAGCGCAGCAACCAGGCCCUGCGUGAGCGCUGUGAGGAGAUGGAGGAAUGGCAGCGGAGGUCUAGAGAAGAGAGGGAGUUCCUCAGCUGUCGUUUCCAGGAGGCCCGGGCGCUAGUGGAGAGACUGGCCAUGGAGAACCACAGCCUCACCAGCCUGGCCAGCCCCUCUAGCCCCUCCAACCCUGGAGCGAACCAAGGCCUUCUGGUCAACGGCCCCAGCCAUGGCUCGGAGACCAACGGACCUAUGGCAACCUCUCUGCCCGCAGGAGGAGGUAACGACUUUCUCCAGCUGCUGAAGAGCCACAAAGAGAAGUUAGAAGAAGGGAUGAAAGAUCUGAGGAGGAGGAAUGAAGAGCUGGAGAAAGAGAGGGAGGAGGGAGAGAGAGAGAGAGACUGCCUUCAUCGCUCGGUUGAGCAACUCAGAACCAAACUGAGUUGUGGUGUUACCGAGGAAACGGUUCAGCGUUCCGAUGCCCCGCCCUCCUCUGACAGCUCCCACCUGGCCAAACUCACAGAGCAGCUUCAAGCCACACAGGGCAGGUACAGAGAGCUGCAGGAGAAGUUAGAUUCCCUCCAGAAGAGUUCAGCUCAGAGAGACAGAACUGAAGUGCUGCUUAAACAGAAGGACAAGGACUGUGCCCAGCUGGCUAAGGACGGCGAGGCGCUGAAGGCCCAGGUGACGUCUCUCCUGGGAGAGCUGAGAGAGAGACAGAGCUGUCUGGACCGGAGCCAGCAGGACCGCAACAUACUGGACGACAGGUACGACAACGUGUGGAGAGGUGUUGCCUUUAACUCCUCCUCCCGCAGCGUGGGAUUGUCUGCAGAGGGAGUGACUGGAGGCGGGGCUGAAGAGCUUCCUGACUACCGCUGUCCAAAGUGCCAGUACCAAGCCCCCGACAUGGACACACUGCAGAUACAUGUCAUGGACUGUAUCCAGUAACACACACACACACCUAGAAACACACACACAGAUGUGGGGGUGGGGCUGAAACGACAGUAGAUCAUCAGCAUGAUGAUGUCAUUGUCAUAGACCUCUCUCCUUCUCAUCUCUCUCCCUCUCUACAGUCCUCCCCCACACUCACACCUCCCUCACUCCAUCCCUCCCUCCAUAUCAAUCUCUCCAUAUUUUAUUUAUUUAACUAGGCACGUCAGUUAAGAACAAAUUCUUAUUUUCAAUGACGGCCU